AUGACCGUCCUGUUUGCACCCGUCUGGAUCCCUGGGAAUCUGGCAUCCCUGCCAGUCUCGGUGCCUUUCCUGCUGCUUAUCCUUCUUGCGGUAAUUGCCCUGAAAAGGCGCUAUGCAACUUCUAUCCGGGAUAUUCCUGGUCCUUGGCUGGCCUCAAUUUCGAGCCUCUGGCAGGUGUACCAGUUGAUCAAGGGCCACACGGAACAGGAGAUCGUGAAACUUCAUCGCCGAUAUGGCAGUUUUGUUCGCAUCGCCGACAAUGAGGUCAGCGUCGCCCAUCCUGAUGCGGUGCGCCUAUUGCUUCAUGCCAACAUCGCCAAGGGAUCGUGGUACUCGAUCUUUAGCCUGCCAGACUAUCAUUAUGUGAAUCAAAUGUCAGAACUGGAUCCCCAGCGCCACAUUCGCAAGUCCCGCAAUGUAGCGCCGGGGUAUGCCCUGUCAAACAUUAUUAAGUCCGAGCCUUACGUGGAUGCUCUUCUGGGACUUCUCGAGAAUCAAUUCGAUCAAUUGAUUGCAUCUGGGCAACCAGUGGAGUUCGAUCGCUGGUUCAACUACUUUGCCUUUGAUGUGGUCGGUGAAGUGACCUUCUCCAGCCCUUUCCGGUUCCUCGAGACGGGCACCGAUAUCCGCAAUGCCAUCGCCAAUACUCGCGCCCUGGCGUUGUACAUCGCCAUCAUGGGGCACUACGUGUGGCUACAUAAUCUCACCUUGGGGAACCCAUUGCUCAGUCGAAUUGGUCUGCAACCCUCUUCGCAUAUCUUCGACACCUGCCUGGCUGCCAUCGAUAGUAGAAAGAAGAACCCCGCCGUCAGACUGGAUAUGAUGGAGCGCUGGUUGCAUGUGCGCCGCACGUAUCCCGAUCGCAUGGACGAGGCGGAGGUUUUUGGAGCUGCUGUCGCCAAUAUUGGCGCCGGCGCUGAUACUACGAGUGCCACGCUACAGGCAUUCUUCUAUUACAUGCUCCGCCAUCCGCACUACCUGCAGAAGCUGCGUCAGGAGGUGGAUGAAGCCCACGCUCGGGGUGAUCUGUCGCAUGUGGUAUCUUAUGCUGAGGCAGCAAAGCUGCCCUACCUCCAGGCCUGCAUCAAGGAAACCUAUCGCUAUCACCCGGCUACCGGCACUGGGCUGCCUCGUGUCGUCCCGGCGGGUGGUCUAACCAUUGGCGAACGCCAUUUCACAGAAGGAACACUACUCAGCAUCAACCCCUGGGCGUUCCAUCGGAACCCAGAGCUGUUCGGACCUGACUGUGACGAAUUUAACCCGGAAAGAUGGCUUGACCCUGAAAGGGCCAGACAGAUGGACCCAUUCCUCAUCCACUGGGGAGCUGGAUACAACCAAUGUCCCGGUCGGAACCUGGCCCACUUUGAGAUCUCCAAGGUCUCUGCCACUAUCAUCCGCGACUUUGACAUUGAGCAGGUCGAUCCCAAGAAGUCAUGGCGUUUUGAGACCCAUUUCACGGCUGUUCCCUAUGGCUGGCCUUGUUGGCUGCGUCGGCGGCAGACUACGGCGUAG